AUGUCGAGUCUCCUCACUCGAGUAGCUAGUGUAGUCGCGCUAAGCCUUUGGUCUACCAUCGCUGCGCCCACUAGCAGAGGGACACCAGGAGACGCUUCUUACGACUAUGUUGUCAUUGGCGGCGGCACCGCCGGCCUCGCCCUCGCCACACGCCUCUCGGCCUCUGCGUCCGUCGCCGUUGUCGAAGCCGGCGGCCUCUACGAGCAAGACAAUGGCAACCAAUCCGUAGUGCCCUACUACGGCCUCAUCAUGCCGGUGCUCGCAACCGCAGACACGUACCCGCGGCAGCCGCUCAUCGACUGGGACUUGGUGUCCGCACCAGCACCGUCAGCUGCAAAUCGCCGCAUUCACUAUGCCCAGGGCAAGACGCUCGGCGGCAGCUCCGCUAUAAAUACUAUGACGUAUCACCGCGCCACUGCCGGCGCCUAUGCGCGCUGGGCCAGCGCCGUUGGCGACCAGAGUUAUACUUUUGACCGCUUGUUGCCCUACUUCAAGCGCUCGAGUACUCUUACGCCACCAAACUUGGACAAGAGAAACGCGCCUAAUGCCACGGUGCUGUAUGAUGCAUCUGCAUUUGACAAUUCGCUUCGUGGGCCACUGCAGGUGUCGUGGGCAAACUGGGUCGAUCCCACACAGAGCUGGCUUGCCUGUGCCUUCCAAGAUAUCGGCGUCAAGCUGAGCGCCAGGGGGUUCAGCAGUGGCACGCUGGACGGCGGCGCGUGGGUCACGACGACGAUUGACCCGAGGAAUGCGACGAGGAGCACCUCCAAGAGCAGCUACUAUGAUACGGCAGCCAAGACGCCAUCUGCACCCGUCGUCUACCUGCACUCGCAGGCCAGCAAGAUCCUGUUUGAUGGCCGCAAGAAGGCGACGGGCGUGGCGGUGACCACAAACGGCACAAACUAUGUGCUUUCUGCGAAAAGGGAAAUUGUGCUAUCGACAGGCGUGUUUCAUUCACCCCAGCUACUGAUGCUGUCUGGUAUGUUUUCUUCUUCUUCUUUUCUAAACAGACUCCAUGAUUACACGAUAACGGAAGCACUAACUUUCAGACCAGGUAUCGGGCCCGCAGACACACUUGCCACGCACGGGAUCCCAGUGGUUUCCAAUCUCUCCGGCGUGGGCCAAAACCUAUGGGACCAAAUCUUCUUCAACGUGCUGCGCGGCCUCGCUGUUCCAAACACAGGCACGUAUCUCAGCACGCCUGCGCAGACAGCCCUCGCAGUCCAACAGUACCACGCCAAUGCCUCGGGCCCCUACAGCUCAGCAGGCGGCUAUCUCGCGUUUGAAAAGCUGCCUCCAAAGUACCGUACGGGCUUCUCGUCUCGCACGGCCAAGUUGCAAGAUGCAUUUCCAAAGGACUGGCCGGAAAUCGAGUAUAUUGCAUCUGGGUUUCCCAGCGGCAGCUCCGAGUACCCGACCAUUGGCGCCAUCAGCGCGACGCUGCUUACGCCGGCAUCCAGGGGAAACGUGACGAUUAGCAGCGCGUCGAUUGCGGAUCCACCCGUUAUCAAUCUCGGGUGGUUGACGGAUCCGGCCGACGGCGAGGUCCUGGUCGCUGCAUUCAAGCGCAUCCGCGAAGUAUGGGGCAGUCGCGCCAUUGCCAACUACGUUGUUGGUCCGGAAAUCGCGCCCGGCGCGGCUGUGGUGUCGGACGCGGAUAUCUUGACGUUUAUCAGGGGCGCCGUACAGCCCAUCUGGCAUGCGAGUUCGACGUGUGCCAUGGGCAAGUCGGCAAAGGAUGGCGCCGUCGUGGAUUCAAAGGGUCGUGUGUUUGGCGUGAGCGGUUUGCGUGUCGUGGAUAACUCGGUCGUUCCGUUUAGUCUGCCGGGCCAUCCUCAGAGCUCGCUGUACAUGCUGGCCGAGAAGAUUGCAGAGGAUAUGCGCAGGUAG